AUGGCAUUGUACCUAGAGGGAAUAAUGUCAACAUUUUGUUGGUCAAUUGAUUUAUUGGGUCAAAUAAGCAGCAAAUAUGCUGGUAGACGAGGAGUUCCACAUUCGUCAAGUCUUAACGAAUUAUUACAACUAUGGAUGACAUGUAAAGCUACGAGAUGCUUAAUGGAGAUAUCCACGCAAUGUAUUGCAAUGUUGAUAAGUAGCUGUCCAGAUCACUGUGUAGAUGCCUUGUUGGAUACAUCUGUGUUGCACUCACCACACUUUGAUUGGGUUGUAGCACAUAUUGGCACAUAUUGGGUGAGUUUAGAGAGUAAUGAUGAGCAGCAGUUAUCCACAGUUCCAUUCCUACUACAGCUGGCUUCUAUGUCACCAAUGUUAUUAAAAGUCAUCACAACGGACCUGGUAGAUUGCUUAACUCCUGACAUUCUGAAUAGACUGUCCUGCCAGUUUGCGAGAAGUUCCACAAUUUUACAAGAAGCCGAUGGUCUGAUCACUUUGGUUGUUCACCUGAUAUGUAAAUCUGGUAGCGGUGCAUUCAAAUUGUUUCAGUUUGUUCUGGAGACAGCAGCACCAAAUUUAGAAGAAAGGGAUUCACAGAGCUAUGUUGUUACACUGCCUCAUGUACAACAAUGUGCAGCACUUAUAUUGGAUUUAUUGCUACUAGAUCUACAAAGAAACGUGUAUUCCAAGUCAUUUGGAAAGACAGAAGUGACAGAGAUACCAUUUUUGAUGGAAUUACAAAGGCAUUCUAAUGAUUUAUGUAGAUUCAUAUUAACUGCCACAAAUAAACGGUUAUACUGGAUUGAAAGAUUACUGUCAGUUAUUGGUGUUCAUUGCGGUGAAAGUUGUGCUUCAGAUAUACUCUGUUAUCUACUCAUUAAUGCUUCCUCACAAGACAAGGCCAGCCAAGUAAAAUUAUUUUUAAAUCUUCAAGCAGACUUUGAAAGUUGUUUGCCAGAUGUGAUGCAAACUGCUGUACAGAAUUCACUUUAUUCAUUACAACACAUAACAGAUAAACAGGGGAAUGGUUUCCUGUUUGGAGGAAAGUUAGAUGCGAAUGAGCUGACCAUGAAGGUACCUGAACCCAAGGUAUCAUUGCAGAAAGAGAAUGAAAAGCAUGCAUUGUCUGUGACAUUGCCUGCUACAGCUUCCACUGUAUUCCAUGCUGGCAUCAUUGGUCAAGGAUUGAAACCCAAAGUAGUGAAUAAAAUCCCACCACAGCCAAGAUUGAUGCAGAAUAUCCAGUCUGUGUUAGAUGUUUUAUAUUUGUGUGGUUGUGAUGACAGAUGUGUAGAUGGAGAAAUAUCAGAGUCAUCUGCUACAACCAUGGCUGAGUUAUUAGUUGAUUCAAUCUGUCCUGAUGUAACGCAUGCUGGUGUAAUAUGGCCAGACGAAGAAUUCAUGAAAUAUACAGUAGAAAGAGAUUUACAUAUCAAGAGAAGUUUUGAGGAUAAUCCAAUUUUAAUGCAUAUUUUGAAAAUUAUUGCUAAAGCUAAACCAAUACUAUGUAAAUGUACAGUGUUAGUCUAUGGUUUAUUAGCUACUUUAAUAAAUUACUGGGAAGCAAAUCGAGAGAAAAAAUCCAGUCUGUCACCAAAAAAACUGCACAUAUCAAGUGAACUUGUGCAUUGUAUGGCAUUGAUUCAAGAUGGUGGAAAGUUGAAUACUUAG